UAUUAAGAAGGAAAUAAUAGAAAGAAAAGGUUACCAUAGAGAUGAACAUAAACCAUAUUAUAUUUGUAUCAGGGAAAACUUUUAAGCCAGUGGAACAUUAUAGUUACUGAUGCCUGGUUAGCAUGACCUCUUAUGCAACAAAUAUUCAGAUGCUUUGUGAUGCUCAACAACAAUGUAUAUCAAGGCUAAGGAAUAAGUUUGUAUGAUAUAACAUUGCAUUAGACUUGUAUUACACUGACAUCUGCCUACCUUGAUGUGCAGGUGAAAAGAUUUAACUGUUGUUACGAGGAACUCGAAAAAAUGAAUGGUACUAUGGCGGAAUUCAACUAUACUGAAAUACAUUUUAGUGGAGCCCUUGGAAAAGGUGACCAUAAUUCAAGCCUAGUGGAGGAGCCAGGAUUUUCCUUCAUCCCUGCAAAUGGAUAUGGUGAUAGCAGCAUUAUGAGUGCUCUUCCACCUGGGAUUGUGUUUGCGUUCGUCAUUCUUAGCAUCCUCUGUAUCAUUUGGAUUAUAUUUGGAAAUGUUAUGAUCAUUUUUGCGUACCAUAGGUUCCCUGCUUUGCACUUGGUCAGUAAUUACUUGCUUUACCAGUUAGCAAUCGCAGACUUAUUAGCUGGAUUCGGUGGAAUAUAUGGACUCUUUUAUCAACUUUUACCAUUGGAAUUAAUUCAGAACUUUACUUGCUGUGCCUUAGGACAAGCCUUUAUGGGGAUACCGAGUUACGUCUCUUUGCUGUUACUACUCGCUGUAACAAUUGAUCGUUUUAUCGCAAUCAAUCACCCACUACAAUACCGAAUGCUUGUCACAUUGAAAAAAGUGCAAGUUUUGAUCUUAACAGUUUGGGCUGGAGUAGGUUUGCUAACAAUUGUGUCAAUUGUUGAUUGGUAUUUUCACCUACGUAGACAAGGAAAGCAACACUGCUAUGAAGGUAGUAUUUACGAUAUCGAAAUCGAAUCGAGAAUUAUGGGAUUUCUCUAUGCACCAUUAUUUAUAAUUGUCCUUAUUGGAACUUUAUGCAUGUACACUCAAAUAUUCUAUAUUGCGAGGCAACAAAUGGCAAAUCAGAACUCUAAGAUAAACUCAGCGGAAUCGGGUUCUACAUCACUGAAAAUGAACCUAAAAAUCGUGAAAACUGCAUGUAUCAUCAUUGGACUGUUUUUCAUUUGCUGGUGUCCAUUUGUUAUCAUCGUUACCAUGGAUUUAUGGGGACUUGCUCUAAAAUUCAAAUCAGCAAGGAGCACGUUAGGAGAAGGAACUUUUGUGAUUGUAUACAACUCGUUUUAUUUACUUGUAUUGGCAAAUAGUGGUAUGAAUCCAAUGAUAUAUGCAGCAAGAAUGAGAGCCUUUAAGAAUGCAUUAAAGAAACUGCUGUGUUCAUGUUUUAAGGACGAUGCAACAAAAGCAUAUGAUUCGGGGGUCAAGUAUGAAACAGGAGAUACCCAAUCAAUACAGGAGCAAAAGAUACGGUUAACGAGCCAAGAUUGAGACAUGAUUGAAAAUGAAACAAAUGUUCACUGCAUAUCUAUGAGAAUAGAGUACAGUUAAACAAUAUAAAAAUUGUAUAGUGUUUGAAUAGUGUUACUAAAUACAGAAUAUAUACUGUACAAGAAAACUCAUGUACGGUUUAACUGUAUAGUAAUACCAUAUGCAGAAAACUAUAUAAAAAAA